AGGUUUCAUGGGAUAUGUAGUUUCCGCUGUCCGCUUUCCGUGCCCAGCAUCUCUCAUGUUUGCGAGUUACUUGCAGUGAUGCCUGGCUUCACCUGCUGCGUGCCGGGCUGCUACAGCAAUUCUCACCGGGACAAAGGGCUGCACUUCUACACGUUCCCGAAAGAUCCGGAGCUGAGACACUUAUGGCUGAAGAACGUGUCGCGGGCUGGAGUCACCGGUUGCUUCAACACUUUUCAGCCCACCAACGGGCACCGGGUGUGCAGCCUGCACUUUCACGGGGGGCGCAAGUCCUACAGCAUUAAGGUUCCCACCAUAUUUCCCCUCAGGGGGGUAAACGAAAGGAAAACCCGCAGGGGCAAUGCUGGGGACAGGUCCAAGAAGAGGCAUCACCAGUCGGGUUACUCCCCGGUGUCCACAACGGUGCUGGUAACGGCUAUGCCAGGGCAGGAGCAGGAGGUGCUGGAGCUGACAGCAGGGGGCGCUGAGAUGAUGCUGCUUGGCACCACACCUGGCAUGGGGGCAGACAUGAGCAGCGUGGAGGCUUCGGCAGCGAUGGCAAGAUCCUUGGGCGCCGGAGAAUCCAUAAGUUCGGAAACGAACCCCGUCAACCUGACCGUGAAGCUGGACUCCGGAGGUGGAGGACCAGGACUGAGUCCACAUUUCUCAUCGUCCUCUUCUCAUCAGCAGCUCCAAGUGGUGGUGGUGGGAGAAGAAACCUACCCCAUCCCGGAGUACUACCCGUCCCCUCAGUUCUCCGACCACUCCUACUCCAUGUCUUCGGGGACCACCACGGAAGAGCUGCUGAGGAAGCUCAACGAGCAGAGGGAUAUCAUCGCCCUUAUGGAGGUGAAGAUGAAGGAGAUGAAGUCCAGCAUUAGACAUUUAAGACUCACCGAGGUGAAGCUGAGAGAGGAGAUCCGCCAGAAGGAUAAGGUCUUGUCUAUGAACGCUGCCAAGAAAAAACUUGAAGGCAACUUCAACUAAGAUGGCUUAAGUCGCUGCCGCUAAAACUUUCACUCGCUGCCAUGGUCGGGUGGAACCGAGAAGGUGUGUUCUCGUCCACCAGAGAUAAACACCUUGGUCUCCGAGCCGUGGUAGAUGGUUCCUUUCUACGGCAAAUGUACAGAAAAUUCCGUCGUGGUACAAAAAUGUAAAAAAAAAAACAUGAGUUUCGUUGCUACAUUUUUAACUCUUGCAUGUGUGUUGAAUUCUGUACACCGGACGAAGCUUGGAAAUGUAUUUUCAUUUUCCUUAGAGGUUUUCUUCAGAACCCGUAGAGAGAGGAGAAUUGUAAGGUGGCCAUACACAUUAGAUGAAAGUAGGUUGAUGGUUAAACGAUCGUUACGUUGAUGAAGCCACACGCGAUUUAGUCUGUGUCGGCCGGUACUGUCCUCCAAACUGGUGGUAGAUGUUGGAUGACACCUGGAGAAGGUCGCAGGACUUUUUGGGAAAAUGGUUUGUGGACUCGCCAAAGCAAAUUUUAAACACGGCCGACUUCUUUACAGAUGAAGUCUAUCGUCGGUCAUCCAAAACGAACCUUGGUUGUUAAAUUCCACCUGAUUAAUAUUCGUUGUGGUUUAAAUCGUCCAUUUCAGUCCUCUUUUUUUAUAGACUAAUGGUGCAACUUUUAUAGAGCAUCUGUCCCCAUGAUCAACCCUAUCAAACCAGGCUUACUGGGGACUAAAAUUAGACCUUUCUGUCUCCAAUCAGUGUUACCAAGGUAGAGAAAUAGUUGUUUUUAGUGAUAUGUGAAUGCGGUCCUUGGAGCACCAAGGGGUUGGCCACCACUGCCAAGCAUCCUCACUGCUCCGAUGCCUCGCCCUGAAAUCUCACAUGUGUCCCGGUGGCAGUACUAUCUAUGCACGUGCAGGGAAGAUCUCACCUUGCCGGCACAUGCAAGGUUUCAGGCCAAGGCAUUGGAGCGGUGAUGCCUGUUCCUGCCGAUCUCACUCGGAGGGGGAGCGGUGCUCCAAGGGGCUAGGUGCUCAGAGCACCUAAUUUGCAUGUAACUAAUUGCAGAGAGAAAGGGCUCAUUUUAGUCACCCCUAUCAGGCAGGGUGUGUCUGGCUUAAUAGGGUUGAUCAUGCUGCCAGAUGGUCUUUAAAGAGCACCUGUCAGCAGAUCUGUACCUAUGACACUGUCUGACCUGUUAC